AUGAGCGACGACCAAUCUUGGAAGAACGAAUUAAAUAUUCCUAAAAAGGAUACAAGACCACAGACUGAAGAUGUGUUGAACACAAAAGGUAACAGUUUCGAAGAUUUCUACCUCAAACGAGAGUUACUGAUGGGAAUCUUCGAAGCGGGAUUUGAAAAGCCCUCGCCAAUUCAGGAAGAGGCCAUACCGGUAGCCAUCGCAGGAAGAGAUAUACUAGCAAGAGCAAAGAACGGGACUGGAAAAACGGCGGCAUUUGUCGUUCCGACCUUAGAAAAGGUCAAACCAGGUGUUAAUAAAAUUCAAGCACUUAUCAUGGUUCCAACAAGAGAAUUGGCAUUGCAAACAUCUCAGGUUGUACGUACUUUGGGUAAACAUUGUGGUAUAUCGUGUAUGGUCACCACUGGUGGUACCAAUUUAAAGGAUGAUAUCUUAAGAUUAAAUGAAAACGUGCAUAUCUUAGUAGGUACUCCAGGUCGAGUAUUGGAUUUAGCUUCAAGAAAAUUAGCGGACUUGAGUGACUGUUCUCUUUUUGUUAUGGAUGAAGCUGAUAAAAUGUUAUCUCGUGAUUUCAAGACAAUUAUUGAACAAAUUCUGAUUUUUUUACCCAAAAGUCACCAAUCAUUAUUAUUCAGUGCAACAUUUCCAAUAACUGUUAAAGAAUUCAUGGUCAAGCAUCUUCAUAAACCUUAUGAGAUAAAUUUAAUGGAAGAAUUAACUCUGAAGGGUAUUACACAAUAUUACGCGUUUGUCGAAGAAAAACAAAAAUUACACUGUUUAAAUACAUUAUUUUCAAAAUUACAAAUUAAUCAAGCAAUUAUAUUUUGCAAUUCCACAAAUCGUGUUGAGCUUUUAGCUAAAAAAAUUACAGAUCUAGGUUAUUCAUGUUAUUAUUCGCAUGCAAGGAUGAGACAACAGGAGAGAAAUAAGGUCUUUCAUGAAUUUCGUCAAGGUAAAGUUCGUACUUUGGUUUGCUCGGAUUUACUCACGCGUGGUAUCGAUAUUCAAGCGGUUAAUGUUGUCAUUAACUUUGAUUUUCCAAAAACUGCGGAAACAUAUUUGCAUAGAAUUGGUAGAUCUGGUAGAUUUGGCCACUUAGGUUUAGCGAUUAAUCUGAUCAAUUGGAACGAUCGAUUCAAUUUGUAUAAGAUUGAACAGGAAUUGGGAACUGAAAUUGCCGCUAUUCCAGCAACAAUCGACAAAUCGUUGUAUGUUGCUGAAGACUCUUCGGCAGUUCCUGUACCCUUUCCAAUUCAACAACAGCCCAACCCGCUUCAACAGCAAUUGCCUGUACAAUAUCAAAUUCCUCCGCAGCAGUUUCCAGUAAGUGGAGGUCCUCAGCAAGGUAUGCCACCUCAGAUGCAGCCUCAUUUUACUGCUCAGCCACAGUUUUAA